GAGAACAGAGUCCUCACAGAUUUACACAAUAGAUGAGAAGAACCCACAAAGUUUUCUUUCAUCAACUGCUCCAAAUCCCAUCCUAUUUCCAUCUAUGUUUGCCAAGGACCAAACUUCUCCAUCUUCAGGUUUGUUCUCUCAUCUCUCACCAAUUGAGCUUUUCUACUGAAGCUGGGUUUCUUAUUUCCGAACCAAAUCACAGACUUGUGUUCGACAAUAAACAUAAACCUUCUUCCACGGAUUGUAAACUAGUCUGCGCCUUCGAGAAACCUACAUCAUCUCUUGGAGACGGAAAACCCAAAACCCAGACAGAUUUACAUUCGACUGCUUGUUCUCGUAUUGUUAGCUCUGUUAUUUUGAGGUGUUCGUACCUUUGGGAGAAAAAGUUCGUGACCUCUGCUGAGGCUUCUCUGCGAGGCCUUCUUCUCAAGCUAACUGAUAUAUUACCUGAAUCAACACGUCGGUUCCUGAGGCUGUCGCCGCUAAAACCCAAAGAUGUACUUGAAAUUUUACAGGGUUUCGAAUCCGAGUGUUGGGAAUCUGCAAUUGAAGCAAGAAAGGUGGAACUUUUAUGGGAAUUGUUCAAGUUGGCAGCGAAACAGAGUAAGGAAUUUAGACAUCUCCCCCAAUCCCACGAGAUCAUGGCCUCCAUGCUUGUCCGAGUUGGGUUGCUUAGAGAGAUCGAAUUGUUGCUUCGAAAAGAGGAACCUCUAUUGUGCAACUCUGAAAUUCUCAGCGCGACGCUUGAAGGGUAUGCUAAGGUCUGGGAUUUAGAGAACUCUAUUUUGAUGUACAAUGAAAUGAGGUCUCGAGGUUUAAUACCGUCUUCAUCAUGUUAUCGGGUUCUACUCGCUAAUUUGGUUCGAAUGAACAAGACUGACCUAGCAUUUCGAGUUUACAAAGACAUGGUAGAGUCUGGGUUUGGACCGUGUGGUGUGGAAGAAACUACUUUUGAGCUCCUUGUUAGAUUACUUUGUAAGGAUGAAAAAAUUCAAGAAGCUCGAAAUCUUGUUAGGAAGUUUACCGCCUUGGGUGUGCAGCCUGGUCGUCUCGUUAUCAAUGAGAUUGCUAAAGGGUACUGCGUAAAGAAGGACUUUGAGGACUUGUUGAGCUUCUUGAGUGAAAUGAAGUGCUUGCCAGAUGCUCCCAUCUGCAAUAAGAUUAUGUAUUCUCUUUGUAGGAAUUUUGGUGCAGAAGAAGCAUACUUAUUCAUGCAGGACCUCAAUUAUUUAGGAUUCAGUCCUGAUGAAAUAACUUUUGGGAUCUUGAUUGGCUGGAGUUGCAGAGUAGGAAAGCUAAAAGAUGUCUUCUUUUAUCUAUCAGAUCUUUUCUCAAGAUCUUUAAGACCUGAUAUACAUUCUUAUAACGCUAUUAUUAGUGGGUUAUUUAAGAAGGGUAUGUGGAAACAUGCUAGGGACAUUCUUGAUGAAAUGCUUGAGAGAGGGAUAACACCAAAUGCAACGACAUUCAGAGUCCUUUUAGCUGGAUAUUGCAAAGCUAGACUAUUUGAUGAAGCAAAGGCGAUUAUUAGGGAGAUGGUGAACCACAAGUUGAUUGAAUUAUCUCCAAUGGAGGAUCCUCUUUCUAAGGCAUUUGUGAUCUUGGGGUUAAACCCAUUGUCUGUGAAAGUGAAGCGGGAUAAUGACGUGGGACUUACAAAAACUGAGUUCUUUGAUGCCCUUGGAAAUGGAUUUUAUUUAGAGACAGACCUUGAAGAGUUUGAGAAGACCGUCAUGAAGAUUCUAGAGGAUUCUUUCAUUCCUGACCUUAACUCACAUGUAUUGAAGGAAUGUAGCCAUGGAAAUGUACGAACUGCACUAAGGGUUAAAGAUGAGAUGGUUCGGUGGGGCCAGGAACUCUCAUUAUGUGCCUACACAACGUUAGUUAAUCACCUCUCUGCAUCACAUUCACAUGUUAAGGCAGCUAUUGGGCUUGUGAAGGAAAUGCCAAAACUGGCUAGUCAUCUAGACCAAACAACUCUAAAUUUGCUUAUCCAGGCAACUAGCAAGAAGGGAUUCACAUGUCAAGGGAGAAGGCUUUUGGAUGGAAUGUUCCGAAGGAACCUACUUAUCCAGAAUGAGACUUUUACAGCUCUAAUUGCAGCCUUAUGCAAAGAAGGGAACGUCAGAGAACUUCAUGAGUGCUGGGAGCUGGCAUGGAUACACAAAUGGUUACCUGAAUUUAAGGAUUGUAAGGUUCUUAUCGGUCACUUAUGCCAACUUGGACAGCUUAGAAAAGCACUUGAGCUUCUUGAAAACAUGCUAGCAACCUACACUGACUCAACUGCUAAUGUUUGCAACAUGUUUCUUGAAGAGCUUUCUAUGAAGGGUUAUGCAAGCAUUGGACAUGUUUUGAUGGAAGAAGUUUUAGGGCAGGGCUGGGUCUUGGAUCAAGCAGCUUAUAACCAUCUUAUAAGGGGGUUCUGUACGGAGAAAAAAUUUAGUGAAGCCUUUUGGGUACUUGAUGCCAUGCUGGGAAAGAACAUGAUCCCCUGUGUGGAUGUCUGUAGUCUGUUAAUUCCUCAACUGAUUAGGUUUCACAGAAUGGAGAAAGUGAUGGCUCUGAAGGAGAUGAUAUUCAGUGAGAAAGCAACAGCGUGUCUUUCUGUCUACGGUGCUAUACUCAAAGGGUUCUGUAAGAUAGGGAAAGUUGGGGAGGCAACCCUCCAAUUCAAAAAAAUGUUGGCAAAGGGUGUACAACCAGACCCGGAAACUUAUAAUCUGAUGGUUCUAGGGCAUUGUGGAAUUAACAAUUUGAGAGGAGCACUGGAGUUUAUAGCUAGCAUGACAAGAAAUAAUUUUAGCCUCUCGAUCUCAAGUUACUGUAAUCUGGUGUGCUGCAUGUGUAUGGAGGGUAGGGUGCUCUACGCAUUGAGGAUGAAAGAGUGUAUGCUAAGAGUAACCAAUUGUCCUAUCCUUGUAGUUUAUAACAUUCUGAUAUACCAUCUUUUUAAUUCAGGAAAUAGUACACUUGUGAUAACAGUUUUACAUGAAAUGCAUGGGAAGGGCUUGCUACUUGAUGAAGUAUCUUAUAACUUUCUUGUGAAUGGCUAUUUGAAGUGUAAAGAUGUCUCUAGUUCUGAGAAGGCUCUGAAGACUAUGAUUGACAAGGAUCUAAGACCAAAUAAUCGCAGCCUUGGAAGUAUAAUCAGGCACCUUUGUAAUGAAGGGGAGCUUGAUAAAGCAUUGGAGAUGAGUACUGUGAUGGAGUUAAGGAGCUGGGUGCACAGUUCAGUUGUCCAAAAUGCAAUUGCAGUGGGUCUUCUUACUCAUGGUAGGCUUCAAGAAGCAGAAGAUUUUUUGGAUAGGAUGAAGCAUAAAGGCCUGAUUCCCCAUAGCAUCUGCUAUGACUUGCUUCUUAAAGCAUUUUGUUCUUAUGGAAGACUGAACAAGGCAGUUGAUCUUAUGAAUAUAAUGCUGAUGAAAGGAAACAUUCCAAGUCCUUCCAGUUACGAUUUUGUCAUACAGAGUCUUUGUGCCUGCAAAGCUUUCAACCAAGCUCUUGAUUUCCAUGCUGAGAUGUUGGAUAGGAAACUUGAACCAAGCGUAAAUACGUGGGAUGCUCUUGUCAGUGGACUUUGUAGAGAUGGUCAAAUGGCCCAAGCACAAAUGCUAUUGGAUUCCAUGCUUCAGCUUGGUCAAUGUCCAACCCAGAAAAUGUACCAGUCUCUGAUUAAAUAUUGUUUGGAAAACCAUCCAAGCAAGGCAUCAGAACUUUUACAUAAGAUGCAACAAAAUGGAUAUGUUCCAGAUUUCGAGAUUCACUGGUCCCUCAUAAGCAAUCUAGGAAAUUCCAUUGACAAUGACAGUAGUGAAAGGGGUGGUUUUCUGUCACAACUUCUUUCACGGAGUGGCUUUACUGGGAAGAAAGAUCCAAAGGCUAGAAUGGGUUAGUACAAUGCCAGCACUGAAAAAUUCAGAGUUGAUGCCAGAUGAAAAAUGCUUGGCUUGC